AGGCAUGGGAGAGUUCAAGACUGCGAGCGGGGCGGGGAGACAGGCAAAGGGUGUGAAAUUUGAGAUUUAUAGAGGAAUGGCGCACUCUGCCUGUCCUGAGGAGGUAAGUAUCUCAGCCAGAGCCUGACAGGACGUGGAGGAGCGACCGACAUUGACGUUCCCUCGUCCCAAUCUACUGCGUCUUCUAGAUCGAGCACGUUGGUCAAUUCCUAGAGUCUAUCGUGCCUAAGCAUUGAGAAGUCAUUGACCCAUUGCUUUGCACGAUAGGCCGCUUGUAUGUACACUGUCCCAAUCUCUUAGACGAACCACUCAUGCUUGCCUGACUGCCCGCGCGAUUGUUUCCAUUGGCCCACUCUGGGGGUACUCUCACACCUUCGGCCCACGCGACAGGGACCUCUCCUGGCGUAUUGCAAGCGAAGCACGCGAUAUGACUGACCGGACGACGUGGCUCGUGGCUGGCUUGACGGGCAUCCUCGAGACUGACGUUCACCCAGCUAGCGGUAGAGUCCAGAAAGACAUGAGACAAGCACCGUGGAGGUGUCGAGCAGUGAAGCCUAAGUGUGAAAGCAAGCGUGGGAUUUUGCGGGGUAGCAAGUGCAAUCGUGACCUUUUGGAGAAAGGGUCUCGAGACUACGAUAUCAUUCGCUCUCAGAUGUCUCAUACGGUCACGGUGAGCGUGACCUUCGAGGAGAAUAGCUUGACACUGAAGCCUUUCUGCUACCUUUCCCAAUCUGACCCUACCUCUACACCCCAAUGCGACCCCAUUGACAUCCCUACCUUGCGAUUCUCACGUCUUUGUAAAGCGCUCCUAGAAAGUCGACUUACUCACUCUAUCCAUUUUGGGCUCAAAGAGCUUUCGCUACCAUCUAGACCUUUCUUCCCACGCGGACUUGACCUUUGCAAUUGGCUUAAGCGGGCUUCACGGUACCGCUCGCUGUUUGCAAAGAGCAUCGUGCGAAGCAAGGCCUGCUGCGAAUUGCUCCCAUCUAUUUCGGUCGACUGGACUUACAUCGAUGAUCACGUCGUCUCCGUUUUCCCCACAAACGCGUGAUUGUGUAGGUGGAUCGGCAUCUGCUACAUGUGUUCCAGCCUUUCGUACGACCGUCUUUCAAUCUAUUCUAUAUCGAGGUUGCAACGGUGGCGGUGGGCCAUG